AUGCUAACUGUGUGGGAUGUUGUGCGAAACCAAUGGUUCUGGCUCGGUGUACCGAUGAUUGAGUAUCUGCCAGAUGGUGUUCGGUUUAUGAUUGCCACCUAUGUGGUCGUAGAGCUGGCUGAACCCGGGCACGAAGGUGCGUUGUAUGGUCUGCUCACUGCCACAACAAACCUUACGACGCCAUUUGGUCGCUCGAUGGCAAAGCUGGUGAACGCUCAAUUCCAUGUUUGGCUUCAUGAUAUCCAGGCCGACACAACCUUGGUGCGUCGCGAUGUGACUAUCACAAUCUGGAUUUGCUAUUGCAUGAAAUUAUUGUCAUUGGCGUUCUUGCCGCUGCUACCUCGUCAGAAGGCUGAGACGCAGGAACUAAAGCGCACGGGUGGCUCCAGUCGUACUAUGGGUAUGAUCACGGUGAGCUACCUGACGUUUGCCAUUGUGUGGGCAACGCUAGUAAAUCUUUUGUCGAUGUACUCGACCACAAUGUGCUGGAAAAUCACGGGUGGUUGUGCACCGGCAUCGUAA